AUGCUCCGUCUACAUGCUCCGUCUGCUGCAGCGUCUACAUGCUCCGUCUGCUGCAGCGUCUACAUGCUCCGUCUGCAUGCUCCGUCUACAUGCUCCGUCUGCUGCAGCGUCUACAUGCUCCGUCUGCUGCAGCGUCUACAUGCUCCGUCUGCAUGCUCCGUCUACAUGCUCCGUCUGCUGCAGCGUCUACAUGCUCCGUCUGCAUGCUCCGUCUACAUGCUCCGUCUGCUGCAGCGUCUACAUGCUCCGUCUACAUGCUCCGUCUACAUGCUCCGUCUGCUGCAGCGUCUACAUGCUUCGUCUGCUGCAGCGUCUACAUGCUCCGUCUACAUGCUCCGUCUACAUGCUCCGUCUGCUGCAGCGUCUACAUGCUCCGUCUGCAUGCUCCGUCUGAAUGCUCCGUCUGCAUGCUCCGUCUGA